GGCGCCUCUUCCCGCCCAAUAACAACCAUGGCAACGGGGCAGGAAUCAGUUUCCGCCCCUGCGAAACAACACCAACGAUCAACUCUUCCGCUCUAAAUCAACAAUGGCCGCCGGGCAAUACCCCAGCACAACUCUGUUCCGUUUGGAAACAUGCACACACGUACGAUACCCCGUGGACGACUGCUUGCUGCAGUGUAUAUGCGAGAUGCACGGGUCACGCUAUGAAAGCGAGACUGAUCCUGCAUGGUUGACAUGCAUAUAUGUGCACGUAUUUGCCAAUGUGUCGCGCUGCGCUGAGCGGGCGGAGGGGAGAGGCAGCACCAGCACACACAGACACGCCCUUGACAUCAACCAUGGAAGGAGGAGCGAGCAGCAGCGCAGGAGCGGCGACGGCGGGUUUGUCCACCACGGUAGCGCCCGUUACCGCAGGCCAGGUAUUCUCCAGCCGCCAUGCCGCGAAGGUCGCCGUAGCCGCUGAGCUUGCUGCCACUGGCCGUUCCAUGAAGAAUGGAAAGGGUGCCGGUAGUCGGCAAAUUCACCUGGUUUGCAAGACUUGUACAAGUUGGGUUGUUAAAGGCUGCCUACAGAAGGGGGGUGAUUUCAAAAUCACCAAGGUAGAGGGCUCGCAUGUCGACUGUGCUGGGGGUGGGCGGACGAGCUCCGCAGUGGUACAACCCCUGGUGGACCAGUUGGUUAGGGCCAACCCCAAGAUCGCCGGUCCCGCGAUCAAGAGGACCCUGAAGACCGUGGGGUUUACCGUCUCCGACCGGCAAUCACAACGCGCGAAGAAGCGCAUUGCGACCGCGUCUAAGGAGGAUGAAGCGGGUGCCAUUUCGAGUCUUCCAUCCCUUUUCGAAGGGAUCUAGCGCGAUUGUCCGGGUUCGGUCGCCACCGUCGAGGUGAGUCCCGACAACCGGUUCGUCAGGAGCUUCUUGAUGCUGGGUAAGGCCGCCUACGUCGCCGCGCACAGUGUCCCCAAGGCGAAUGGUGGCCAUGGACGCUGGCCACCUCAAGGGUUCGUGGAAGGGAGUCAUGUACGUCCUCUGCAUGCAUGACAGCAACAACAAGAUCAUCCACGUCAGCACUGUACUCGCAGACAAGGAGAACGCGACGAACUACAAGUUCCUGCUCCAGCAGACCUGCCGGAACGAGCACAUGCAUCGACUUCUUUCGUCCGGCGAGGUGACGUUCUUCAUCGACGGUCACAAAGGAUCACCGGCGGCCCUCAGGGCGGUUGUACCGCAAGCACCAUGGCGUGCGUGCGUGAGGCACCUCAUCACCAACAAAAACAUGAAGGCAAUGGGACACGCCUAUUCAGUGGCGGUUUACCGAGCGGCGGUGAUGCCUACCAAGGCCCUGUUUGAGGAGGCAAUUGAGCCAGUCAAGAAGGACUUCCCGGCCAACUACAACCUCCUCAUGAAAAACGACCUUGACAAAUGGACACACCAUGCUACCCCCAGCAACCUGGUCAACCUGAAGAUGUCCACCUCCAACUCUGCGGAGUCCACCAUUUCCGCGGUCGGCCACCAGAAACGGGAAAUGGACCCUUAUCAUUUCCACAUCGAGAUUGCGGAGAAAACUGCGGAGCAACUCGCAACGAAUGCCGAACUACUGAAAGACUGCCAUGCCAUCCUCGUUCCAUUCGCGGCCAAGUUCAUGGAGGACGAGAGGUUGCUCAGUCUUAACAAGCACGUCAAGAGCAUGGGCUUGGGCACCUACCUUGUUCAGGAGCACGGCAAGAGCCAGUACGGCAACAGGGUGACAAUCGUGAUGCCGGACACGGAAGGGAAGGGUGGCCGCGUCGAGAGCACCUGCAGAGUCUCUGCCAGGUUCCACCUCCUGUGCCAGGACGCCCUCGCGGUGUUGAAAUGU